AUGAUUUUAUCAUAAUAAAAUUAUGAUGGAUACAAAGAGUUUGAUAUGAACAGAAAGUUGAAAGAAGAGGAGAAAUCUAUUAGAACGAUGAAAUAAGAGAUUAUGAAAUAAUAAUUAAUUGAAUAAAAAUAAUUAUAAGAGUAAAGAAAAAAGGAGUUACAGCUAUAAAAAUAAAAGGAAGAUGAAGAGUAGAUUUAAUUAAUUCGUUAAAAGUAAGGAGAAGAAAAAAGCCAAUAAAUAUAAAACAGAGAAACCACUAAAUAAAAUUUAUAACAACAGAACUAUCUAAUUUUGAAUCAUUAGAAACUAAUAAUUGAUGAAAAGGUAAAAAACAAAUUAAUUAUAUUAGAAAUAAGAAGCCUUAAAAAUAGAAAACGAUAUUAUCAAUAAUGCUAUAAAUGGAUUGUCAAUGGAAGAACAAAUGAGAAGAUAGAAAAGAGAAAUGUAAAAAUAAAUUGUUGAAUAAUAAAUGAAAGAAUUACAAUAAAGAAAAGAGAAAGAAAGAAAAGAUAAGGAAUUUGAAUAAUUAAUAUAUUAGGAACAAACUUAAAAUGAAUCACAAAGAAUUUAAAAACAAGAAGACUCUUACAGAAAUGUAACUUAAUUCUAAAAUUAUUAAAUUAGUAUUACCAAAAAUUGGCAGAAAGAUAAAAUGUACUAUAAGAUAUUUAUAGACAGAAGGUUGAUAAUCCAAAAAUGUAAUUGGAUUAUAUAAUUAAUAAAUAAGUAAAGGAAAGGUAAGAUAAGGAAGAAAAUGAAUAUUUAACUAAAAGAUAAUAAUAGUAAAAGUAAAAAGAAACUUAUUAAAAUGGAUUAGCCAAUUAAAUAUAAGAGAAAAAUGAAAAAAAAAGAUAGGAAGAAAAUAUAAAAGAACAAAGAAAAUUAGAAAUAUUAUAAGCGUCUAUAUAGUUUGAAGAAUAACAAAGAUAAGAAAGAUUAAGGAAGAGAGAAAUUUAAUAGUAAUAUCAUACAUAAUUAUCUACAAUUGUAUAUAAUAAAAAAUUAUUAUUAAUAGAGUUAAUCUUAGAGUUAAGGUAAUGGAAUUUUGAAUACAGAAAUUUCUUAAUCAAAUGUUUACAAUCCAUUAACAAACCCGAAUCCUAAUUAAAUUCAAAAUCCUUAUAUACUUCGUUAAAUAUAAUAUAAUAAUUCUAGUCUCUAAUAAUCGCCAUCCAUGAACUAAUCAAAAUUAGCUUCUUUUGGUAAAAGCAGUUUAAUAAAUUGA